CAGAAGUCGAGCAACGCGGGCUUAAAGUCAAAACGCGCAGUCCAACGACAAACGACACACGAAAACCGUACGGGGCGUAGUUUUGAUUGUUACGCAUUGAUUGUGUGAAAGAGUUGUGAACGAGCGACAACCUAAAGCGAAAGAGCUGUUUUGCUGCUUUGAAGCGAUCGAAAGAGUGAAAUAAGCUGAUCGGGAAAACGUUAAGAAUUGACAAACUGUGUUGAUAAAAACUGUUUGUAGCCUGUGUAGGCGCGAAUUUUGGUGCAAGUUUGACUGACCAAGGUGUGAUAGAACAUUGUAUUGUAUUAACUAGUCAGGGUGUGCUUAAAAAGUGAAAAUGAUGAAAUAUGUCUUAGUGCUAGCGACGGUUGUUGCACUCGGCCAAGCGCUUCACUACGGUGACGAGGGCAUCGACGUGAAGAUCAAUGUGGAGAAAAACUCCAACUCCUACCUGACCGGCCGGCUGCCGCAGGGCUCGUUCGAGUACGGACUGGACGUGGUGAAGCAGAAGGACAACCAUUUCCAGCACAAAGUCAAGGGCCCGGACGACGUGACGUACGGCUGCUACGGCUUCGUCGACCCGGACGGUAAGCCCCAUCUGGUGCACUACGUGUCCGACCUGAAGGGGUACCGCAUCGUGCCGCCAGAGUCCGCCACCAAGAUCUACAUCUCGCGCCUCGAGCGUAGCAUAAACAACGUGUACCAAGCGUCCCAGGAAAAGAACGUCCAGUGGAAGGAUCUGUUCUUCCCGCCGGCCUGCAAGCAGCUGUACACCGAGACGAAGGUUGCCGCGCCACCAACCACCCCACGGCCAACGCCACCACGCACGCCCUCGACAACGCGUCGCCCCGCCCCUACCACCCGCCGUACGACUCCGGCCCCACCGCCACCGGCGCCAGCCGAGCCCGAGUUCACCGCGUCCAGCAACCUGUGCCCGUCGGUUGUGCAGGCACCGCCGGCCGAUCUUCGGGCCGCCCAGCCCGCCUGCUCCUCCGUCUGCGGUGAGCUGAAGGACGAGCUGAAGGACAUUAAGGCGAAGCUGAAGACGCUGCUGGACACGCUUGCGGAAAAGCCGAGGGGUAGGGCGGGCAAUGGUGGGGGCAAGUUUGCCUACUUCCCGGUGAUGCUCAGUGACGGACUGCCGGACGGUGUCGAUGCCAGCUCGGCCCAGUUUGCGUUCCCGGCCGUCCCGCAGCAGUGCGGUCGACAGUGAGGGGGAAGGAGCGGGGAAGGGGUGCGACACCACCGGACAGGGUUUGCCUUUGUUUUUUUGUUAAACAUUGUAAGGUGUAGAAGUUAGCUGUGUGCAAUCGAGUCAUAUGCUUAUGUGUUAAGGGCUGUUAGUGGGUAAGUUAGUGGCAGCAAGCUGUUCUGUAAGAUAUGUUUGAAUAAAGAGGUGAAAACUACUGUUUUAUAAAACUAUU